CAUCGCCGCUGCGUGGGGCUGGGCCGUGAGGAGACACCCACGCCUUCGGGCACCUCCUCCCGGUAGCGCCGCAGAAGGAGGCCGCGGUCGCGGCCUGGGUAGGGGCCGGGGGAGCUGGCGUGGCGGGAAAUGGCGGCCGGGACAGGCUGAGGUGAGACGAGACCGCGCCAUGAGGCUGCUGCGCGCCUUGCUGCGCAGCGCCUCCUCGGGCAGCAUACCGCAGCAGGUGGACUUCUACUCGCGCUUUUCCCCGUCGCCGCUCUCCAUGAAGCAGUUCCUUGACUUCGGAUCUGAAAAUGCUUGUGAAAAGACUUCAUUUAUGUUUCUGCGACAAGAGUUGCCUGUGAGACUGGCAAACAUAAUGAAGGAAAUAAGCCUGCUUCCAGACAACCUCCUGAGAACACCUUCAGUUCAGCUAGUACAGAGCUGGUAUGUCCAAAGUCUUCAGGAGAUCCUUGACUUUAAGGACAAAAGCUCAGAAGAUUUGGAGGCUGUUCAUAGUUUUACAGAUACAGUGAUAAAAAUCCGGAAUCGGCACAACGAUGUAAUUCCUACGAUGGCUCAAGGAGCAAUAGAGUACAAGGAAAGCUUUGGCAUCGAUCCAGUGACCUCACAGAACGUGCAGUAUUUUUUAGACCGUUUCUACAUGAGUCGCAUUUCAAUUAGAAUGCUCCUUAAUCAACACUCAUUACUGUUUGGUGGGAAAAAUAAUCCAGCUCAUCCAAAACACAUUGGAAGCAUUGAUCCUAGCUGCAAUGUUGUUGAAGUUAUUAGAGAUGGCUAUGAAAGUGCCAAAAUACUUUGUGAUUUAUAUUACAUGAGCUCUCCAGAACUCAUCCUUGAAGAGUUGAAUGUUAAAUCACCAGGACAGCCCAUGCAAGUGGUGUAUGUGCCAUCACAUCUCUAUCACAUGGUUUUUGAACUUUUCAAGGUCUGUAAUGCAAUGAGAGCCACCAUGGAACAUAACGCUGAUCGAUGCAUUUAUCCUCCAAUUCACGUACAUGUCACGUUGGGAAAUGAGGAUUUAACUGUGAAGAUGAGUGAUCGUGGUGGAGGUGUACCUAUGAGGAAAAUUGACAGACUAUUCAACUACAUGUAUUCAACAGCACCACGUCCACGUGUUGAGACAUCUCGAGCUACACCUUUGGCUGGAUUUGGUUAUGGCUUACCCAUAUCACGUCUGUAUGCACAGUACUUCCAAGGAGACCUGAAACUGUAUUCCUUAGAAGGCUACGGUACAGAUGCAGUUAUUUACAUAAAGGCCUUAUCAACAGACUCAAUUGAAAGACUCCCUGUAUAUAACAAAGCAGCCUGGAAACACUAUAAAGCAAACCAUGAAGCGGACGAUUGGUGCGUGCCAAGCAGUGAGCCAAAGGACAUGACCACUUUUCGCAGUAUAUAGCUUUUUCCUCAACAGUUUGUAAGAAGUAGUUAUGUCUGUAAAGGGAAUUAAAAGACCUGGUUUACACACCAAGAUGCUGAACCACACUUGAUAAGUGGAAGUAAUUUUAAGUGGAGUAACAGAAGGUUUAAUGUAAUUACUCUUUUCUGGAAUAAAAAAAAACCUAACAAACCAAAACCCAAGAAAACCCCCAAACCUGUACAUACGUUUAAAUUUUAACUGAGAAGGUCACAGUUAAUUUGUUCCACUUUGUAUUUUGUAGAUAAGCCAAGGGAGCAGUAAUUUUGGGUUUUAUAGGGAUCAAUGCAAUCUAUGCCGCAUCUGGUGAGAAAUGUAUUAAUUCAUAUAAUUACAAAAUGUUUUUAAUAGAAUUAUUGAAAAAUCUCACCAGAACAUUUUUCCAUUAUACAGUAUUACAGAUUAAUGGAAAACCUCAUGUCAGAAGUACUGAGGAGCUCAUUGCUAUACCUUUGCAGCUGUAUAGCACUUUUCUAUUCUUUAAGCAUGCUGAAGCCUGAUUUUGCAAAGUUAGUUAUGUUGCCUGCACACUUUGACUUCAUUGGGGCUUUUGCAGCUGUAGAAAUCACACUUUGGUCUGUGGAGAUUUAAAGAAAAUGUAUCAGUUCUAGCUGCUACCGCUGGUACAAUGUAUCUCAGGUAUGGGGUAUUGGUCAUAUUUCUUUGGUUGUAAUGUGAAUAUUUAAUACAUGCACAAAACCUACCUUGUCAUGAUCCUUGUGAAUUAGCAAAUGGUGAGAACUUGUGUAAAGAUAUGCUGUCUUGCUUCUGCUUAUACUUCUGUAUGUAUCAAAAUGCAGUAUCAGUGUUCUAGCCCUAGUAAGAUCUCAGAUUCGAGUAUGUCAGGUUACAGCUGUAAAUGGAAACUAUUUUAAUAAACAGGUUUUUAAAAUUUGCCCUUAAUAGGGCAUCUCCGUUGCUUUGACGAUAGAAAUUACCUUCUCAGGUGUAUCUAAGAAAAAGUGGAGUUAACAGUUUUCAGAAAUACCUUUGUGGCUGUGAUGUACUUCUGGCUUCAUUUAUGUAGUAACUGGAAGUCACACUAACAUCAAUAAGGUAAGCAGAAUGUGUUUAUCUGUCAAAGGCAAACCAUCAAAACCUACUGCAGAAGAUAGAGGGGGAAUGAGAAUUAUGUUUCUGGUACAAAGUCUUUAUUUUAAUAAAGGAUUCAACUUCUUUCAA